AUGAAGAAAUUUUGCUUCAUACAUACUUCUGCCACAGUUAGUUCCAGUCCUGUGCCAGUCCAGUCCCAGCCCAGCUCCAGUCCGUCGCAGCCCAGUUCCAGUCCUGUACCAGUUCAGUCCCAGUCCAGUCCCAGCCCAGUUCCAGUCCUGUCCCAAUCCAGUCCCAGUGCAGUCCCAGUUCAGUCCCAGUCCGGUCCCAGUCCGGUAUCAAUCUGGUCGCAGUCCGGUCCCAGUCCAGUUACAGGCCAGACCCAGUCCGGUCCCAGUUCAGUCCCAGUCCAGCCCCAGUUCAGGCCCAGUCCAUUCCCAGCCCAGUCCCAGUCCCUCCGGUCCCAUUCCAGUCCCAUUCCAGUUCCAGCCCAGUCCCAGUCCGGUCUCAGCCCAGUUCCAGUCCUGUACCAGUCCAGUCCUAGUCCAGUCCCAGCCCAGUUCAAUCCCAGUUCAGUCCCAGUCCAGUCCCAGUUCAGUCCCAGUUCAGUCCCAGUCCGGUCCCAGUCCGGUCUCAGUCUGGUUGCAGUCCGGUCCCAGUCCAGACCCAGUCCAGCCCCAGUUCAGGCCCAGUCCAGUCUUAGUCCAGUCCCAGUCCCAGCCCAGUCCCAGUCCCUCCGGUCCCAUUCCAGUCCCAGUCCAGUCUCAGUCCAGUCCCAGUCCAGUUCUAGCCCAGUUCCAGCCCAGUUCCAGCCCAGUUCCAGCCCAGUUUCAGCCCAGUUCCAGCCCAGUCCCAGUCCAGUACCAGUCCGGUCCCAUUCCAGUCCCAGUUCAGUCCCAGUCCCAGUCCGGUCCCAUUCCAGUCCCAUUCCAGUUCCAGUCUUUCCCUCCGAUCCCAUUCCAGUCCCAGCCCAGUCUCAGUCCAGUCCCAGCCCAGACCCAGUCCCUCCGGUCCUAUUCCAGUCCCAGUCCAGUUCCAGCCCAGUUCCAGCCCAGUCCCAGUCCAGUCCCAGUCCGAUCCCAGUCCAGUACCAGUCCGGUCCCAUUCCAGUCCCAGUUCAGUCCCAGUCCAGUCCAGUCCAGUCCCAGUCCCGUCCCAGUCCAGUCCCAGUCCAGUCCCAGUCCAGUCCCAGUCCAGUCCCAGUCCAGUCCCAUUCCAGUCCCAGUACAGUCCCAGUCUAG